CUCAGGCCCAUCUUCCCUAAUUUCAGCGACCAACCGACUGGGACUUCCAAUUCCAGGUUGAACGGAUUCACGUCACACGGGGCGAAUGCUGUUUGUGUUCAUGGGGUAGCCCCCGAUCGCAUCUCCAUCCCCGUUGGCACUUGCAUUUCCCCUCACAAUUCGGCUGGCCUCCGCCGUGAGAGGAAAUUGUUACGUUCCGGCACAAGACAGCCCAUGGACGUCGAUUGAUGCCUUUCCUUUCGCAAUCAACAAUCCUUCAACCAUCCUGAAUGUUCGUUCGCCUUAUACCGCCACGCCUACAGUGCCGCCGGCGUGCGACUGUCCGCGCGGUACUUGGAUGCACAAUCGCCUUGGCCAUCUGCGUUGGCAGAGUGACUGCGACUGCGACUGCGGAUGAGAAUGCCCUGCCAGAUCCCUCAAUCCUGGCCUCCACAAGUCAUGGCCAAUUCCUCUUCGGUGAGGCUAGUCCGGAAUUCGCUUUCCCACUCGCAGAAUACAACGGUUUGGAGUUCGAAGAUGCGGUAGACGAAGAGGGAGAUACGCGCGGACUCGACUUGGUUCGCCGGGCUCCCACUGGGGUGACAUCCCUCGGAAAUAAUCAGUAUCAGAAUGGCACUCUCAAGAUGGGCGAGACGGAGUGGUGGUAUUUCCCCGUGAAUGGCGAUGAGACCAACAGCACCUCUGAGAAUAAGCGUCGCGAUCUUUCCAAGCGUUCCACCACCGUUUAUUUGUCCCUCACGGCAUGCUCGAAGCCCAGCCACAACAACUCGGAUUCCACUAGCACAGCGGCCGUACCGCAGCUGACAGUCUACGCAUCUGAAUUGAUAGAGAAGCCUGGGCCUGACAAGUCCGAGUCCGACCAGACAAUCAAAUCAGCGGAGGAGGGCUAUGUGGGCAUGACCCUUACGGCGAAUGGUGAUGUCUAUGUCGGAGUGACAGCUCCUAAUAGCACUGAAUAUUCUGGUUCUUUCACCUACCAGAUUGCGGCCUCGACAGAUGCUUAUUUUCAUAGCGUCGACGAGAGCGAUCAGUUCAUGUUCUUAGUUGAUUCGGACACUGGAGCAGCGCUUCUGACGACGAGAAAUCUCACCACCACCGAUCUUACGUCACAGAACUACAGUUCCUGGAUGGACAGGACUCCUCCAUACACAAUGUUCGCCAACAACAUCAACAGUUCGUCUAUCUCUGGCUUAGAACGGUCAUUCUGCGCUCUCGAUACGCUGGCGCAGAUUGGGAAGAGCAAGGUUGAGGCGAGCCUCACCACCCGGGGUGCAGUAGACAGGCCAACCGAGCAGUUCUAUGUCACCGGUCUCAACAAAACCUCCACCUACUACGGAAUCAUGGCUCGUGAGGGCAAUUCCACCAGUUGGGGCAAUGGAAUCGUGGGAGGUGGAGGUAAAGUAUGGCCACGCAUGAACUUUACAACCAAAACAGAUGACAACUGUGCCGUUGUAUACGACCUGCCAUUCUGCUCCGAAGUCGCCUACGCAGUGCCAUCCAACCCCUCCAUCAACAUGACCGAACUCCGCAGUAUCUACGACGACAACGCAGCAUCCCUAUACAAGAACUUCAACUACUCCCUCCAACAAGUCCAAUGCAACACCUCCAGCGAGAGCAUGUUCUCCCUCGCUGUAUCCUGCCACACCUGCGCCGAAGCAUACAAGCAAUGGCUCUGCGCCGUGACAAUUCCCCGAUGCGCAGACUUCUCCAGCAACGCCACCUACCUUCAGAUCCGGAAUGCAGGCCAGCCCUUCCUCAACGGCACCUCGAUCACCAACUCCUCCCUCCUCAAAAGCCCCGCUACCAACAACUCACGCAACCCCCUCAUCGACAGCAAAAUCCGCCCCGGUCCAUACAAGGAAGUUCUCCCCUGCCAGGGCGUCUGUCAUAGCCUUGUCCGAAAUUGUCCUUCGAUUUUAGGCUUCAGCUGUCCGGAAGGCCCGCGGGCGAAUAUGUCGUACGGCACACGCGACCCUAAUGGUGACAUCACGUGCAGUUAUCUUGGAGCAGCAUAUUACCUUAAUGCUGUUUCUAGUUUGCAUGAGAGCAUCUGGAUCUCCCUCUAUAUGGUGAUAAGUGUUUGGACUUUGUUCUGGGUCCUUGGGUAGUAGGAGUUUUUCGCACGCAAAUUAAUUCGAAUGAGUGUUACUAUUCCCCAGAAUCUUUGAAUUCCUUAUUCUUUCUCUAUUUUCUUAUUUCGUUAGUCGACAUGCAUCGGGUAUGUAUAGUGUGGAAUACAUAGAUCGUCUGCUUUAUGUUUGG